GGCAACGGGAAGACCUGGAAGCGGCGCCGAACGGUUGCCGGUACCGGCGGGCCCCGCGCCCCCCGCCCCGGGCCGCAGGUUGAACAGCCACAGUUACCAAACAAUGACAUUAAGUCAGCUGGAAACCCUGCUCAAGGAGAAAGUAUGUUGACCAGGGUGGUAACAGAAACCACAUGCUGGGGCAGUAAUUCAUUUCAGUACUAAUCUGCCAGAAAAUAAAAGAGAAGAAAUGGAAGCAGAAAAAAACUUUUUCUACAGUCUUCGCCAGCAAGAGUUUUUCUACAGUAUUCCCCAGCUGAGCAUGCUGUGUGACAGAGUGCAGUCUGGAGAGCACUGAGCAGGCAUUUGGAGAAAAAAUGUGUUCGGUCUAUCAGGACAUUGAAAAAGCCUUCAGAGCAAUUGAUGUCAGUCAGAGUGGAUUUGUGUCUUUGGAUUACUUGAAGUCAGUUAUAAGUGGCUUUAUAUUUCCUUUGCCAAAUGAAACUUUUCGAGAGCUAAUGAAUAGAGUAAAUCCAGCUAGAGGAGAUGAAGUUUCUUCAGCGACACUGCUCUUCAGAAGCUACCAGAAACAAGUUGGAAAGAUCACAAGAAAUGACCUUCGUCGUGUUUUACAUAACUUGGUAUUUCAAGUGAAAGAUAAAGACUUCCAGGGGUUAAUUGAGAUAAUUGAUCCAGAACAGACUGGAUACCUUGACUGCCAUGAAUUUUUAGACUUGUUUGAAGAAAAAGAAUCAGUAGUGGAGGAAAUCCUUUCAGAUGCAAUCACAGAAAAUUGGAAAGAUUUUCGUAAGGCUUUGCAGUCCUGUGAUCCUAAGUGUACUGGCACUAUUAAAAGAGGUCAUCUAAGAAAAGUCCUACAGCUGUGGUUUUCCUCUUUGUCAGAUCAACAGUCUAUGAAGCAGCAUGUUAAGACUGAGGAUACAUGCUGUUUUUCUAAUGGUAACUAUAGUCCUGGACUGAUCUCUCAUUUCGCAGAGGUAUAUUCAGAAUUGUACAACACUCAAAACAUUGCAUCAGGAGAGCAAACGCCCAUGGAUCAUUCAUCAAAGACUCUAGGAUUCAGAAUCAAGCAGAUUGAAGAUCAAGCUAACAAAUAUGCCCAGAAUAGAACUGUUGAAGAAGUAAUCAAAAGGCUGAAGGACAGAGUGAUACAACAGACAGCCACUACUAAAGGCAGCUUUUUUGCCUACAACAAGCAUGGGAAAAUUAAUAAAGCUGGCUUGUGGAAGCAGGUGUUGGAAGAUCAUGGUAUGCCAAUGGAUGACAGUCAAUUUAAUCUACUAACAGAAAAGCUACGGUUACCAGAUGGAGGGUUGAGUUUUCUGGAUUUUGUGGCAAUAUUGGAAGAUGCCAGAUUGAAUGGGCCAGGAGCUACAUUAUGUAACAGCGCAAACCAUGGAGUAAAUGAUGCUAAAUAUCAUUACAUGACUGCUGAAGAAUGUCUCAAUCAACUUAAUGAUAAGCUGAUGGAAGUCUAUGGGGACACCUAUUCUGCCUUCCGUGAAACAGACAGUAACCAUGACGGUAUUAUCAACAUGCUUGACUUCCAUCAAUUCUUAGACAGCUUUCUGCUUCGUCUUAGAGGUGAGGAAUUUCUGCGCCUACUUGGUUUGUUGGGAAUGAACCUGACCUCCACGUUAAAUUACCAAGAAUUCUGUCAACUGUUCCACACUCAAGAAACUAAGGAGAUGAUAACCGAUGCAGAGCUAGCUUGUGAUCACGCUCAUUACUACCUUGUUAUCAAAGCAAGAACCAGAUGGCAUGACCUAGCAAGGAAUUUUCAGGAAUUUGACAGUGAAGGAAAAGGCAUUAUACAGCCAAGGGACUUGAAGACAGUCUUGUUCAGAUUUGGCAUUCCAAUCACCCUGGAAGAAUUUAAGCAGCUUUGGGCAAGGUAUGAUACAGAUGCAAAACGAUAUCUUACUCACCAAGAAUUUUUACACAAACUGGGGAUAGAGUUUGCACCGGCUGACAAAGGGCUCAGCAACCACAUCACGGACAACAGCUAUGCACAUUUACAACUGCAUUAUAAUAAUCAACAAAAGAAGCGUUCAAAGCUGGAAGAGCAGCAGAAACAGCAAACUAAAGCUCUGCAUGUAAGAGAAAUUAAAAAGCAGAUCAAUCUGCUCCCUUUCAGAGAUAAAUUUAGGGAUUACUUCCAAGAUUUCAAUAAGGCCUUUCAUAAAGUGGAUAAAAAUAGAGAUGGCUGUGUAACAGUAUUGUCUGUGAUCCAGCAGAUGUUUUCAGCUGACAGACAGAAAUUUGGUGAGUUGCGAGUGCAGCCUGCAGAGCCCGUGGGCUGGGCUCCCGGGUACGGCCUGACCACGAGUGAUCAGAAGAGAAACCCUCAGUGGAGACAGCACACCAUGAGUCAACGGCAGCAGCUGCUGGGCCGAAUGUGCCAACCCUCUGUGCACCUCAGUGGACACACCAAAGGAAGCUUAGGAAUCAUCAUUCAUGACAGCAAGCUCUCUUAUUUUGAUUUCCUGAGAGCAAUUGAUGAUGGCAGAGCAUCUAAAUACCAACAGAGACAAAAGCAGGCUGCACCACCUGCAAGCUUUGCAGCACUCAGCUUAGGACAGACCCUAAUUAAUAUAAAAGAAAUAGUUGCAUCAUCUUAUGAUUUGUUGUACAAGACUGAGGAAGGGCAAAAAGUCAUUCCGCCUAAAUCUUCUUUGGAGCUGUCAGACCAAGGCAUCCUCUCGCAGGUACAAGAAGUAAUGACUGCUGGCUUUAACACAAUUGCACAAGAGUUUAAAGAUACUGCCUCUUCAAAAGAUAAUACAGUAUCAAAAGAGGAGUUCUGGGGUAUAUGUAACCGACAUCAGCGGCUGACUGAAGAACAAUUAGAAAAUCUUUGGAACAUAGUGGAUUUCAACGCUGGUGGACGAUUGAAGGAUGACGACUAUUUGAAGAAGUUCAUCUCAGAAGUUGUAACGAUGCCAUCAAGCACUCCUGGUGCAACUGGUUCUGCAACUUCUGCCAAGCCAGCUGCCCAUACCAUGCAGGACCCACGUGUGUCUUCUCACCCUGAACGUCCCAAGACACAAUCUUCUCUAGUAGGGCGAAAGAGCGUUAAGUGUGGUUGUUUCAUGAAUUUUCUGUUUUUUCAUUUCUGUGUUUGCUGGCCUGUCCAAAAACUUUCUGGUGGUCUUGCCUGCUUGUCUGCCAGAUUACAGCCUGGUAGUCUAACUGAUGGACUUGUCAUGAAGGCCAGUGAUCUGAGAGAGAUACCAGCAUCCAGUCACCCUCGGACAACAACUUGUUCUGCACCUAUCCUUAACUGUGAAACAACAGAAAAUAAGAUAAGAAAGAACAUUCAACAUUCCUAGAGAGGCAUACUGAAAGUGUGUAAAGAGAAGGAUGUCAGCAAUCUAGGAGAAAUCCCAGUGCCAGACUUCCUAGAUGUGGAACGAACAGAUUGCUACCAAGGUAUGAAGAGGGUAUCAUUAGGAAUUAUCAAGUAUUCACUACCAGUAGGGAGACGAAUCUUUCUCAUCCAACUUUGUCAGCUGAGUCCUGGACCACAAACCAUAUCGUUCUUCAGUGCAAUGCUGAGAAUUCAGCCCCAGAUCCUGCACUGCUGGAGACCAGUGAAGCAAACUUUUAAAUCCUAUGAUGAAAGUCAUACCGGACCGUUACAUAUUGCAGAUUUCAGACAAGUUCUUCAUGACUAUGGCAUCAACAUAACUGAAGAGGAGUUAUUCAACAUUUUGGAAUAUUAUGAUAAGAAUUUGUCUUCAAAAAUAUCCUAUAAUGAUUUUCUCCGGGCAUUCAUACAGUAGGAUUUGAUCAAAUGCAGGAAACCAUAGAUAAAGACAGUGACUGAUUUAUAAUUUCAAAUUUCAAACUAAUAAAUUAAUUGAG